GCUCCGUCUCAACUGACCAUUAAAGAGCUCAACUCCAACACCGACUCUACUGGGAGCUCCUUGCGUGUUCCAGCUGUAAGAUUUCUGCAUCAGUCCUCUUCCCUCCCUUCUUCUUCCUCCUCUUCUUCAUCUAACGAACUCUGUAAAGUCUUGUUAAUGUUGUGUGCACAAGUUAAUGAGGAUUAAUCCUUCGCCCCUGGAUGCUUUUUGGGGCGGGGAGGGGAGGGGAGGUUUUCCAUUUGAAUACAAAUGCGAGACAGUCAGUGUGACAGCCAGGUGCGUAUUAAACUGAUGCGCGCGGUGCUUUCUGCCGGGAGCUGCGCGGAGUAGUGAAGACGCGGAGCAGCUGGAGCAGCUGGAACAGCAGCUGGAACCUAAACAAACCUAAACCAAACACGCAGGGAAAAAACAACAGGUCCAUGGCCAGCUCCGGCACCGUGGAGACGGUGAUGUCCUGCAGGACGGGGCCCUCGGCGGCCCCCAAGAGCCUGGCCUUCUCCAUCGACAGGAUCAUGUCCAAGAGCGCGGAGCCUCGGAGGAGCACCGAGGACAGGACGGAGGGCAGGAAGCUGCUGGGGCUCUGCUCCCCCAUCCCCUGCAUGAUCCCGCUGCAGCCGCUCAGCUACGACCUGCAGGCCAAGGCGCUCAUCAACUACUCGGAGCUGUGGAGAGCCAGUUUCAGGGGGACUAUCUGCGGCUCCGCGGCCGCGCACUGCAAAGGGAGCUCAUCGUGCGCCCUGUGCAGCAAAGCGGACCCGGGUGCAGCUGGGAACAGGGUGGUGAGGCCGCAGGUGCUGCACCAGACCGUGGCCGUGCCCGGCUGCGGCUCCCUGUACUACCUGAACUACGUGGAGUCCUCGUACCCGCAGCACCCGGAGGUGCUGGCCGGGCACUGGCUGUCCGGCGCGCAGGCGCAGGCCUCGCUGUCCGCGCAGCGCACGCUGCUGCUGCUGGAGAACGCCAAGCUGGCCGGCGUGGGCUCCGAGAAGCUGCCCACGCCCCAGUACCCGCACAAGGAGCACUUACCCGGCCAGCUGGACCAGAUCGUGAAGGAGAACCAGAGCCUGAGCUCCGAGAAGAGCGGCGUCAAGACGCACGGCAAAGUGAGCGGCGGCGGCGCGGAUGGAAAACACAAGAACUUCACCUGCGAAGUGUGUGGAAAGGUUUUUAACGCGCACUACAACCUGACGCGGCACAUGCCCGUGCACACCGGCGCACGGCCUUUCGUGUGUAAAGUUUGCGGGAAAGGUUUCCGGCAGGCGAGCACGCUCUGCAGACACAAGAUCAUCCACACGCAGGAGAAGCCUCACAAAUGUAACCAGUGUGGGAAAGCCUUCAACAGGAGCUCCACGCUCAACACGCACGUACGGAUCCACGCGGGAUACAAGCCGUUUGUCUGCGAGUUCUGCGGGAAAGGUUUCCAUCAGAAAGGUAACUACAAGAACCACAAGUUGACGCACAGUGGAGAGAAGCAGUACAAGUGCUCCAUCUGCAACAAGGCCUUCCACCAGGUCUACAACCUGACGUUCCACAUGCACACGCACAACGACAAGAAGCCGUUCACUUGCGCCACCUGUGGCAAAGGCUUCUGCCGCAACUUCGACCUGAAGAAGCACAUCAGGAAGCUGCACGACAAUGCUUUUCCUGCAGCGGUUGCGGCGGCGGAGGCUUGCAGAGAUCUGCAGAGCUGAGGGCCGCACAUGCGUGCAAGGAACUAACACAACAGUCUGAACUGAGUCCUGAAGGAACAUUUCUGUCCACAUGAGAAUCUACGAGUCUCCUUGCACACUUGGAACUGUAAAUAAUAGCUUAUGGAAAUUGAAAUCAAAGCGUUAUUUAAAAAUGUGAAUUGCCAUGUUGUGUAUUUCACAAAAAAACGUGAAUGUGAAUAAAUAAUUUAUAACUUAUAAUGAAAACUGAGUGUUUUAG